AUGUUCUCAAGAUUAGCUUUUAAGGGAUUUAGCAGAGCUGCGAGCACAACUACAAGCAGAACAUUCACACCAAGCACACUCUCACAUCUCAAUCAUAUACGCUCACUCUCCACUCAAUCACGCCAACUUAUCGAUAACGCCGUCAAUGCACACCCUAUUGUACUCUUCAUGAAAGGGAAGCCUUCUGCACCUCUCUGUGGCUUCUCUAGGGCUGUCGUACAGAUACUCGACGUUCAAGGCGCUGAUCCUGAGAAGAUUAGAGCUUACGACUGCCUUGAAGAUGAUCAACUACGUAAUGGAAUCAAGGAGUACUCUGAUUGGCCAACUAUCCCACAGGUCUAUGUGAAUGGUGAUUUCGUUGGUGGCUGUGAUAUUCUUUUGUCUAUGCAUCAGAGUGGCGAAUUGUCAGAAUUGCUCAAGAACAAACAAUUACUACUCCCUAUCGCUGAGUAA